AUGAAAUUAAAAAGUAUUGGAUUUGGUCAAUUAAAUUUAUUUGAUGAUCAUCUCUGUAAUGGUAACAAUGUGACAACAACAGAAAUUAAUAAAUGUGAUAACUCUGAACAUUCUGGUCAAUCAUCACUCAAAGUAGUUGAAAAUUUUUUUAAUCACCAUGAUUUUUCAGCAUUUCUUUCUUUCAAUUCAUUUCAUCAUCAUCACCAUCAUGGAAUGAAGUCAGACAAUACAUUUUGUACAAAUUUAAGUAAAUUGAAAUCAGAAUUUAUAUCAAGUAUUUUACCACCAAAUGAAAUUAAUAAAUCAUCAAGUAAUAUAUCAACAGCACCAGCAACAAAUACAAUUGUUGAAGCCACUGAAAUUAAAUUGAAUGAUGAAAUUAUUAAAAAGAAUGAAUCACUUUCAACUCUUUUAAUUUAUUUUUUAUCAGAUAUAUUAAUUCAUCAACCUUUUGAUUCAUUAUCACAAAUAAAUAAAUCUUUAAAAAAAUUCUUUAAUAUUUCUGAUAAAUUAUUAAAAACUUUAUUUAAAAAAUCAUUAUCUUUAACCAAAUAUUAUUUAUUAGAAAUUAAUAAAUAUAAAGAAUAUUAUUCAAAAUUACAAGAUUUUGAAAGUGAAGAAUUUAGAGGUGAUAAGAUUUUAAUGGAAAAGAUUAGAGUUUUUAAUUUAAAAAGAAUUGAAGAAAUUGAAAAAAAGAAUCAAAAUAUUAAAUAUUUAAACUUUUUAAACACAGUGAUGGUAAAAGUUUAUAGUGCAAAAGGAUUAGAGAUUAAAGAUUUAAUUUCAUCAGAUCCUUAUGUAAAUUUAUUUUUUACAGAUUCACAAGAUGAAAAACCACAUCAUAGGGAAUCAUUAAAUACAAUUUAUUUAAAUGAUGAAAAACAAAAACAUCAUCAUCAUAGUAGUUUUAAAACCACAGUUAAAAAGGGUACAUUAACACCAGUAUGGAAUGAACAAUUUAUAAUGUCAACUGAUAAACCAGAUCAAAAUAUUUUAAUUGCUUCCAUUUAUGAUUUCGAUCAAGUUAGUAAAUCAGAUUUUAUGGGAUUCUUACCAAUUCAUUUAGAACAUGAACAUGAGCAUGAACAUGAUGAAAAUAAAUCAAUUCAUAAUCAUCAUCAUGAUAAUGAUGAUGAACAUGGUAAUGGUAAUGAACAUGGUCAUCAUGAAUAUAUGAAUCAUAUUAAUCCAAUCGUUGAAAAUAUUCAAGAAUAUGAAUUACUAUCAAAACCAAAAGGACAUUUAACAAAGUUUAAAUCUUUAUUAGGAAUUACAAGUAGUCCAGAUAUAAAGAAUGAUAAUGAAAUUAGAAAGUAUGGUUCAAUUAAAUUGGGUUUAAUUCAUUUAAAGAGAGAGAUUUUAAAAGUUGAAGAAAUUAAUGUAAACAAUCAAAAUUUACCUUCAAAACAAAUUGAUAUCCAAAUGAAUCAAAAUCAUGAAAAUUCAAUUAAAUCAUUAAUUGAAUUUUCAAUUAAUAGUCAAGAUGAAAUUAAUUUACCAAAAGAAAUUGAAAAACUAUUAGAAUCAUUUUCAUCAAGAGUAUUAUUAUCACCAUUAAUUAUUCCAUUGGUAAAGAUUGAAAAAUUGAUUGAAAAUUUUCAAAUUUCAACAUCAGCUAUGGAUGAAAUUAAUAGAUUAUUAUUGGAAUCAAUUGAAUUGGUAACAGUUAAAAAGAUUCCAUUAUCAAAACCAAUUGAAGAAAGAUUUUUAAUAAUGUUAAAAUCUAUAAAGAAAUUAUAUAAAGGUAUUUUAAAAAGAUAUCCAUUAUCUUUCCCAAUUACAAUUAAUCAAGAAACAAAAUUAGCUGAAAAUAUUGGAUCAAGUGGUACAUUAUUAACAUUGGCAAUUGAAACAUUGGAGAUAAUUUAUAAUUAUCAAUCAAAACAAUGUAAACUAAAGAAAAUUGUAGAGAAUUACAUUGAAUUUUGUUGGAGUUGUAUAAAAGAAAAAUCACUAAUUUCAAUUGAAGGUUCAAAAGAUUUUGAAAAUAUAGUUGGUUUAUUAGAUAUCUAUGAUGCAAUUGAAUUACAAUUAUUAUUGGAUAUUGAAAUGUAUUCACAAUUUUUCCCAGCCCAUUUCGAUUUGGCUACAAUCUCUUCAAAAAGUUAUUACAAACUAUUGAAAGAAGAAACUGAAAGAUUAUUAGCAAAAGAGGAUAAAGUUUGUAUGGAAACAUUUAAUCUUUUGAAAAAGAUUCAAAAAAUUGAAAAAACAAUUAUUAAACCAUAUGAAAAAGAAAUUGAAUCAAUGAUGAAUUUAAAUCAAUUAUUUAAAAGAUUUAUUAAAAUGUGGAUUAAAGAAAUUAAGAAGCAAUUUAAUCUUUGGAUUGGUCGUAGUCUUGAAAAAGAAGAAUGGAAAUCAAUUGAUAGUAAGAAUAAUCAAUUACAUUCAAAUUCAUUGGUUGAUUUAUUUACAAUCUUUGAAAUUGGUAAAAAUCAUUUACUUGGUUUAGAUUUAGAAAUUGAUCAAUUCCUUUUUGAAUUGAUUGAUAUUGUUAAUCAAUUAUAUAAUCAAUAUUUAGAUAUAGUUUUAAAUUCAAUUUUAUCAGAUUUAAAAAGAGAUAAUUCAACAAUACCAUUAUUUAUUGAUGAAGUUAAUGAUAAUUAUAUUUCAAGUUUAUCAAAAUUCAUUUCAAAAAUUAAAUUAUCAAACCUUGAUCAACAAUCUUCAACAACUACUACCACUACAACAAAUGGAAAUACUAUUUCAAAUAUUCAAAUUACAAAUUCAAUAAUUUGUAUUAAAUUAAAUUGUUUAGAAUUUUCAAGACAAUUAUUAUUUGAUUUUUCAAGUGAUUUAGAAUUAAAAUUACCAAAUUUAAAAGAAAAAAUUCAAGAUUCAUUUGGUAUUUCAUUUUUAAAUUCAAAAAAGAAAUAUGAUUAUAUAAUUGAUUUAGUAAUUAAUAAUAUUAGUAAAUGGAUUAAAGUUUUAUUAGUUCAAAUUUUAGAUAAUUCAAAGAAUAAUCAUGAUGAUCAGAUUUGUAAACUAUCAAAAGAUCAAAUACCAAAUCUAAUAAAUGAAAAUAAAGUAAAUGAAUUAUUAGAUUCAUUAACUAUACUAUUAAAUAAUGAAUUGACAAUUCUUAGUGGUAAUCUUUAUUAUCCAACUUUUAGUAGAUUCAUUAGAGGUGUUUGGCAAUCAAUUUGGAAAGAGUUUGAUAGAAUCUUAUUCCCAGAAUUUAAAUUACAAUCAGAGAAAUUAGAAACUACUUUCUAUAAAUCUUUAGUUAUAUUAUCAAUUUAUCCAACAUUGGAAGAGUUUUUCAAUGCAGAUGGUAGUGGUAUUUCAAUUGAACAAUUAAGAAAUCAUUCAGAGUAUUUACUUUCAACUAUUUCAGUUUAUCUUUCAAAUCCUUCAAAUUUAUUACAAGUUUAUAAUAGUAUUAGCUCUUUUAUUGGAGAGUCUAAACCAUCAUCAUCGUCAUCACCAAUAGAUUAUUCUUUUAUAAAUUCAAAAUUAUUUUCAAUUAAUCAAUUUGAACAAUUUAAAUCAUUUAACUUUAAUAAAAAUAAUUAUGUUAAAGAGUUACAUGUUUUAUGUUCAAUUUCAUCCUAUUGUAAUAGUGGUAGUUCAAUUGUUACCAAUGGUUUAAUUACACCAGAAUUAGAUUCUUCUUUUAAAAAGAUAAUUUCAACACUUGGCUCCUUUAAGAAUCGUUUCGUUUUAGAUAAAUUUUCUUUGGAUUCAUCAGUAUCAAUUUAUCAAAAUGAUUUCAAAUGUAAAACUUUAAAUGGUAUUCCUUCAAAUGCUUAUAUUUUAAAUGAUUGUUUAUGUUGGUCAAGUUGGUUAUGUUAUAAUGAAACUAAAGUUAUCCUAAAAUAUUCAUCAUUUAAAUCAAUUACAAGACAACAACAUGAGUCUAAUGAUGUUUUAUUUAUAAUUACAAUGGAUGAUGAUAAAACUUAUGAAAUUUGCUCUAUAACUUCUCAAGAUUCAAUCUUUAAAUCUUUAAUUUUAAAUUCUAAAAAAUUAAAUCAAUCAAUUGAAAUAAUUGAUCAUAUUAAAUCAAAGGUUGAACUACAUACAAGUGAUAAUAGUAAUUUCAUUGUAAAAGAAAGUACAUCAACUGUUGUUAAUAAAGAGGGUAAAAUCAUUGACAUUAAACCAGAACAUGAAUCUCAUAUCUCAUAUGAUGAUAGUAUUGAGUAUCAUACAUUAUUCCAUUUAGAUAAAGACAAUAUAAUCUAUCAAGUUUAUCCUUGUUUCACUGGUAAAUUAAUUACAACCAGAGAUUACUUUUGCCACCAUAAUAAUUUAACAAAAGCAAAUAAACAUUACCUUUGGUCUGAAAUUGUUCAAGUUAAAAAAGAAAAAGUAUUAUUCUUUGAUACUGGUUUGAAAGUUACUUUUAAAAAUGGUGUAAAUGAAUCAUACUCUGGUAUAAAUGAUAGAGACUUACUCUACAAUGAAUUGGUUGAAUUAAAAGAUUUAAAUAAAUCAAACUCCUCUCCAUUACCAGCCACAAAAAAGUUUGUAGAAGCCGAUUAA